GUCAUUUUGGGCGUUCAACCCACCAGCAAACGUACACACUCCUCCAUCAAGCAAAGUACGAUGGCAGACUUAUCUGGCGCGCCUGUGCAGUUGAUCCGCGUGGACCCUGAUGGAUCAUUCCACGUCGAGGAGGCUGCCGUCAAGAAGCUGGAGAAGAUCAAGGGAAAGAUUGCCGUCGUAGCUGUCGCGGGGUUGUACCGGACGGGCAAAUCCUUUCUCCUCAACCUGCUCGUAAACAAGCAGACAGCCACGGCGACCGCCAACGUCAACACUGGGUUCGCUGUGGGGGGUACUAUCAACGCAUGCACCAAGGGCAUCUGGAUGUGGGGCGAGCCAUUCGUGUUGGACAACGGCACGUCCGUGAUCUUUCUCGACACGGAAGGCAUUGGUUCCGUGGACCGAGAACAGACGCACGACACGCGGCUGUUCGCGCUGGCGCUGCUUCUCGGGUCGUACUUUGUCUACAACAGCCGCGGCGUCAUUGACGGCAACGCCAUUGAAGACUUGAGUCUCGUCGUGAACUUGAGCAAGCACAUUCAAACUUCGUCGGCGUCGGGGCACGGCCAAUCCUCCAGCGCGCUCCACGAGUACUUUCCGUCGUUUCUGUGGGUCGUACGCGAUUUUACCUUGCAGUUGCAGGACCAGGGCAAGGAAAUCACGUCGAAACAGUACCUUGAAAACGCCCUCAAACCCCAGGGCGGCUUCUCGGCAGAUGUGGCCGGCCGUGAUCAAAUCCGCAUGCUUCUAUCCGAUUUCUUCCGCGAGCGCGACUGCGUGACCCUAGUCCGCCCCGUAGAAGACGAAGCCCAACUGCGCAACUUGCCCAACAUCCCCUACGGCGACCUCCGCGGCGAAUUCCGGUCCAAGUUUGAAGCGAUGAAAACGCGCCUCUUUGACAAGGCCGCCCCCAAAAGCCUCUACGGCAAAGCCUUGAACGGCGCCAUGUUUACCAACCUCGCCAAGUCGUACGUGGAAGCCCUCAACAGCGGCAAGGCGCCCGUGAUUUCAAGCGCAUGGACGCGUGUGGUGCAAGCGCAAUGCGAAGACGCCGUGGACGACGCCGUGGCCGCGUUCAAGAAGCACAUGAACGCCCGCGUCGCCGACUACGUGGACGGCAAAGAGCAGUUUGCCGAUCGCUUUGAGGGGCUGCUCACCAGCGCAACACAAGUCGCCGCGGACGCCCAAGUCGUCAACGCCGGCGCUGGCACGGCGCAAUUCGACGAGUUUGGCAACUUGAAGAAAUUCGUGCCCGGGGGCAUGGUCCCGUCCCCGAAAGCGGUGGACGUCGACGUGGUGGUGGCGGCUCCAGCCAAGAAGGACAAGCCGGAGCUGCAGCAUGUGACGCUGCCCGUGUCCGCGGCUGACCUCGAAGCCAUCUACGACCUGUGCGACAAACUCGCCGACCGCACGUUGCGCGCCGCCGACAUUGGCGACCAGCCAGACAUGCAACCGUUCCGGGCUUCGUUCCGGACGUCGGCGCAAGCUGUGUUUGACGUGUAUCGGCAAAAGAACGCGGCGGCCUCCAUGGUGUACUGCAAGCACCUUCUCUCGUUUUUGAGUGAUAAAAAGUUCAACUCGUUCACCACGUCCACGCUGGGCCCGCUCGAGUACCACCAGCGCACGCUGCACUACCUGGAUGACCUCAAGGACCUGCACGCCGACUACGUCAAGCUGGCCAUGGGUCCGUCUGCGGACGCUGCGUAUUGCCAGUACAUGAGCCAAAGCGUGUUCAACCAAGUGAUGGAGUGGACAGAAGACACGACUCGAGCGCACGCCGCCCAUUUGAACACGUUGCAAGUACAGUUGCCAUCCCAACAACAACCGAAUCCUCCUCAACUCUCUGGUCCAAACCAAGUGUCGGAAAGGUCUCAUGUGGUUGAUGUAGGCACACGUGAACGCGACGGGGCUCCAAGUGGCGUCGGCGCAAGGCCAGGCGACGGCCAUGAAGGAACUCGCGGCCCAGGAAGUGCAAAAGUGCGACUUGACCCUCAAAGAAGCCGAACGAAAGUCCAAGAGCGACAUUGACGCGUUGCGAGCAUCUCUCGAGUACAAGACGCAUGAACUGGAGCAUGUGCUCAACCACAAUGCGACCUUGCGUCGGCUCGCGGACACGGCGCAACAAGGCAAUGUGCGCGUGAACGAAGUCGCGACCAACAAAAGUCCUCAGUUUUUCGCUGGCUACUUGAUCAAGCAAGGCGCGGUGACGUCGUCGGGGCAGCGAUCCAAGUGGCAGCAGCGCUACUUUGUCCUGACCGGCGCGGCACUUCGGUACUUGACGGCAGAAGGGGCUGCCAUAGUGUAAAUGUGCUGGUUAAUAGGUACUACAACACCAAGGACGACUUUGAACGAUCGCGCAGUGACGAUCCCCCCAUCGACGUCGGGCGCGCCGUGAUUGAAGAAGACCGUGACGUGGCGGAAGCGUUUUCGAUUGCGUUCCCCGAUCACUCGCACGACACUCUGUUUUUACACGCCAAGUCGCCGGCCGUCAAAGCCGACUGGAUCGAACAUCUUCUCAAAGUGCGCCGCAGCGCCGCGCCCCCGACGCGACCCAUGGCCAGCGCUAACAACGGCGGCGGUCACUAUCAGUUUUAGGCACUUGAUACUUUGGCGGUCUCGCAGUUGAAUACUACUAGUACUUUUCUUGUGGUUUUGCUCAAUAUCGUCAACGUACAGUAAGUACACUUCGAAGGAC